UAUAGCCGUGUUUUACGGAAUAAACAUGAUAUCGCGGCCAGCGUCAGUAAAUCGCCUGGGAUGAUCCCUGAACGUGAAGAUGCUACUCUUGUUUCACCGAAAAACGCAAAAUCGCAACUGGAAGAAAAACUUCCAGAGCUGGAGACUUUGAUCAAACAACAAAGAAACAUUCGAAAUUGGAUCCCAGCUCAGCUCGUAGAAGUAGAGAUGGCAGAUCGUUCAAAAUCUCUUGCUGGUAGGUUUGUGCCAUUUGGAAUUUUAUGUUUUGCUGGAAUUUACCUCCUGAAUUGUUUUUUUCUAGAUUUGAUCCAAGGUAUAGUUGUUGGCUGCAUGAAUUAUCCAGAUGCUUAUCCACUCGAUGAUAUAUUGGACAAAGUGACUUUAUGUGACAAAAAUGUGCACUUCUAUAAACUUCACUGUGAUGGAGCCAUGACUCAAGCACUCUCAGGAGCUGACAUGAAAGUGAUUAAUGUGAAUCGACUCAUCAUACUCCUUGGUCCGCCCGGCACUGGUAAAACAACUCUUUGCCGAGGUGUGGCUCAACAUCUGUCGAUUCGUUUAAAUUCACGUUUUUCAACAUCGGUAAUGGUGGAAAUCAACAGCCAUAGCUUAUUUUCGAAGUGGUUUUCUGAGAGUGGAAAACUUGUGCUAAAGAUGUUCGACCAAAUAGAUGAAAUGGCUGAAGAUGGCAAAUGUUUAGUUUUUGUCUUGAUUGAUGAGAGUGGAAAACUUGUGCUAAAGAUGUUCGACCAAAUAGAUGAAAUGGCUGAAGAUGGCAAAUGUUUGGUUUUUGUCUUGAUUGAUGAGGUGGAAUCUCUCGGAAUGUCACGUGAUGCAUCGACGAGUCGAGGAGAUCCAGCUGAUUCGAUACGAGCAGUGAAUGCACUUCUCACCCAGAUUGAUAGAAUCAGACGCCGCACAAAUGUGAUUGUUCUCUGCACAUCGAAUCUUGAGGACUGCUUAGAUAGCGCUUUGCUGGAUCGCGCAGAUGUUGUAAAACAUGUAGGACAACCAUCCAUAGUUGCCUUAUAUACUAUCUUAGGCAAAUGUAUUGAAGAACUCAUCAGGAUCGGUGUAGUCAUCUCAGAAGAACGACUACCUUCUAUCAGA